GCGCUUCAAGGGCCCUUUUGCUAGGCCUUGUUUGGUGGUCCUGUUUUCAAGUUUGGGCAGCAAGCAAAAAAUAAUGCAUCAAGACAAACUUUUCAACAUAUUAAAAAUAAAAUAAAACCUAUUCUUCUGCCUAUAAUUUAAAAAUAAUAGGUGUGAAAAAUGAGUACAGUUAACUUACAAACUUACAAAACACUUACAAACACUGGACUGCAAACUCAGACAAAGACUGAUAUGCUGCAUAUGCAUGCAUAUACGCAGGCUCACAACCAUGCAUACACACACACACACACACACAUGCGUGCACACCCAUACACACGUACACACACAUGUACACACGCAUAUGCAAGCACAUACAGGCACACACCCAUGCAUGCAUGCCAACACAUGCACACACAUCUCCACACACAUACAUACACACAUGCAUGCACAUACACACACACACGUCAUAAGUGGGUUCACAGUGUCUUCUUUUCCAGAUUUCUCACACUGAUAAAGGAAGGUUCAUCAUGAUCUCUUUCUGGGCCAUGGUCCUCUUUCUGAUUGGUGACUCUGCUUGCAGUUCCAGUGAGAUGACGGCCAAAGAGGGCUCCUGUGUGACGGUCAACUUAACUCUGUCCGAUAUAAGCAAUUCUGGGUACAUUGUUUGGUUGAAGGACGCCGUGUGGAAUAAGACGGCAAAGGAUUAUGACGGCACAAUCGUGCACAGCCUCAAACCUGACAAACACAACGCGAGUGAAUUUGAAAACAGAGUGUCUGUGUGUUCCAAUGGGUCCACUCAGGAUUUAUACGAAUUGACCAUCAGUAACCUGAGACUGAAUGACAGCGGAAAGUACAUGGUUAGAUACUAUGAUAAAGCUGAUCCUCUUAACGAACUGAAAAAGAGCAGCACUGAAAUGAGUCUUGAGGUUCAGAAGAACCCUUGCCAGGUCAGCGUAACAGGGCCGGAGCUGGUCCAGGUGGGGGCGGAGGUGAUUUUGCGGUGCUCCACCUUGGGGCACUGCCAGAACAGCCCCGAGUGGCGUAGCUCAGGGUCAGGCCCGACCUCCAGUGAAGUCUCUGACACCCAGGGUGCGAAAACAGCCCAGCUGCGCUUCAAAGCGGACUGGUCACAUGACGGGGUGGAGUUCUCCUGUUGGCCAUCGCAGAGCAACGACGCGUGCACCUCCAGAAACAUCACGCUGACCAUGGGAGACAUGCCUCAGAUCUCUGUCUCUGGGAGCUGCAGCAGAACUGCAGAAGAGAUCAGCUGCUCCUGUGAGAGCCAUGGGAAUCCCUCUCCCAGCAUGGAGUGGCGUGUGUCUGGACUGCGGGUCACUAACUCUACUGACAGAGUCAUCAGGGAGGAGCAGCUGGGGAACACAGGCCUGAGGAGCUCCCUCACCAUGCACCAAUCACAGGGAGACAUGCCCACUCUCCUCUGCGUCAGCACCAACACUCUUGGCAACUCCAGCCUCCAGCUCCACCUCCGGUCUCCACAGCAACACUCAGGUUUUGGCAUUAUCUCACUGCUGAUUGCUGCAGCUGCCGGUGCUGGUGCCAUGAUGAUGAUAUGCCUCAUAAUGCAGCACAUUCUAAAGUAAGAGAAACUGGGGCCUAUGAAGUCAGUGUCAGUGUAAAGGGAAAUUUCACUGUAAUUCCAUGUUAUUGUGUGAUAUUACUCAACCCCACUGCUGCGGUCAUCAUUUUUAAAUUGAGCUCAUGUAGAUGUGUCCCUGUCCCACAUCCAGAACAGGCC